CCCCAUCCACUCUGACCACAGCCAGGGGCCACAUCCCACUGCCUGCCCAGCGUCCAUCCAUGGAGGUGACCACCGUGUCCCCAUCUCCCGCCUCAGCCACUGAAGGGGACAAUCUCUGUGACAUAGAUGUCACCAGCGUGGCCAUACACAGUGUGACACUGCUCAUCAGCCUCUGUGGGCUGGUUGGGAAUGGGGCUGUGCUCUGCCUCCUCAGCCUGAAUGACCGUAACAAGGGCAUCUUUGACCUGGCUUUUGCUGAAUUCCUCUUCCUGCUCUUCACAGUCCCCUCUGCCCUCCUCUUCCUGGUGGAGGACGUGUCCUGCUCUCCUAUCAUGUCCCUGCUGUACUUGAGUUUCCUUUUCCAGCUGUCAGUGCUCUCCUAUUACUGGGUGCUGUACCGGCUGACAGACAUCGGCACUGUGCUGAAUAUUUUCAAACUCUGCUGCCGCUGCAACCUGCCUCUGCGCCUGUGGUGGUUGGUGGACAGUGUUGAAUUCUGGGCCUUCUUUGCUCUCUUCACUUUCAUUUCUGCAGUGACAAACCUGUGCCCAUCACACCAGCAGGAGCACUGCAGGGCAGCUCUCAUCUCUGUGUACACCCUCAUCCUGCUCCUCUUGGCUGUACCCAUGCUCAUUUCCCGCACAAUCGACUUCAUUAAGGCCAAGUGGGGCUCCAAGAAGCUGAAAUUCAAGAGACACGACAUCGUUGUCUUCCUCAUUGUUCUCUUCAUUGUCCUUCUCAUCCUCUGCAAUUUCCUGCAGGAGCUUGGCUACAUCGUUGUGUCUUCCCAGGGCUUUUCCCUGCUCAACUGCAUCCACAGCAGCAUCAAACCCUUCAUCUACUUCUUGGCAGGAGGUUUCCAGAGGCCGUGCUCCCUGAAAUCCCUCCGGCUCUCCCUCCAGAGGGUCUUGGAUGAGCAGGAAGAAAAAGAUGCCCACAGCAGUAAUGGCUGCAUGGACACAGUGAUCUGAGCCAGGUGAUCCCUUCCCCUGCUCUGCUGAAGGACCCUGGCAGAGUGGCUCAGGCUUUCCUUGAGCCACCUGAUCAAGAAAUACCCACAGGAUGCCCCUCCCUGUGGUGCUGUUUUCCUGCAGGAGAAGGCAGCAGGGGCAGUGCCUUGGGUGAUUUUUGAGGGAUGCUCUGCAGGGAGCUCAUUGGAGCAUGGCUUUCCUCCUCCCUGCUGGAUGCACAUGGCUCCAGGCAGAGCAGCUGGGCUCAGUUCUGUUCCCCAGCUCUAUUCCCCAGGGAAAGAUCCUCCUUGCCUCAGCCCCAGGGAAUGAACUCCAUCUCCUCUGGCUACACACAGCAGUUUCCUGGUGUUUUCAGGGAUCUCUUGCCUGCAAAGGAUGUGACACCUUAAGGCCUGGGGACACACCCAGCACGGGGUGCUGCUCAUUUCCCAAAUCCCUGCAGGGCUGGUGCCUCUGGAUGGCAGGAGAGGGGCUGGGAUCACAGGGAGCAUCCUUCCCCUUCUGUCUGGCAGAGCCGUGUUGCCCUGGUUUUUCUGAGAUUUUUUAAAACCUUCUACUUGCUUAUAAGAUGGAGUCAGUCCUUCAGCUACUGUUGUAAUAUUAAGGGUCAGUUUUUCACUUUCUCACGCUUUGGAACAUAAACAACCUUUCUUGUUUUUGUUCACUGUCCUUUGCUUACAUAUUUCCAGCCUGAAAACAAUGUUGGUUGACAGCUGGUCUGGCCAGUGGGGUGAAGGGGUAGUAAGCCCAGGAGCCAAUGUGCUUCCAGACCCACAAUAUUAUAAAAGGAAAAGAAAUAAAGAGGCUGGCGCCUUUUUUCGGUGGGGAGCAGCUUUCACUGAAGACCUCUGCCUCCGUGUCGUUGAUUUUUGCGUUCCGGGCAACAGAGCCGGCCCUGCAUUCCCAGCUGAUGGGGAGAGACACCAGGAAGGGCUGCAGAGCUGGGCAGGGACAGCAACAUUCCCUUCUUCUUUCAGGGGGCAUUUGUCACAUUCUUGAAUUCCAGAAUUCAAUCCUUCUGAGUAAAGGGCAGGGUCGAUGGUGAACUCCUCUGAACCCUUGUGCCUGAGACCAAAAGGAAUAUGGAAUAUGGAAAUUCCCAUCCCCAGAUGCUUGGACCACUGAAUUUCACAGGAAUUAGGGGGUUCUGCUGCUGUUCUGCAGAAUGGGGCCAUCCACUGGUUCACAGCAUCCAAGUCCAAGGAAGCCCUGGAGCACCUCCAUCCUCAACCUGGCCACCCUCGGGAGGAGCUGCACAGCGACUCUGCACAGCAGCUUCAGCCAAAAUCCAUCCUGAACUCAUCUGUGUCGAUUUGUAACCACUCCUGAAUUGAUUUUGCAUUUUUAUGUCUCUUGUUUGUUUCACUUCUAGUAACUCCAAACCCAACAUUUCUUGAAUAAACAACAUCCAGGCUUUGCU